AUGAAGCGCCAAAAUAUCAGAACGUUAUCCCUUAUUGUUUGUACAUUAACCUACUUGCUAGUUGGAGCAGCAGUUUUUGAUGCACUGGAAACUGAAAAUGAAAUUUUACAGAGAAAAUUAGUGCAGCGAGUCCGAGAAAAGCUGAAAACCAAAUACAACAUGUCGAAUGCUGAUUAUGAAAUUCUGGAGGCUACGAUAGUGAAGAGUGUACCGCAUAAAGCCGGCUACCAAUGGAAGUUCAGCGGCGCUUUUUAUUUUGCGACUACCGUAAUCACGACCAUUGGUUACGGUCACAGCACCCCGAUGACAGAUGCUGGAAAAGUGUUUUGUAUGCUGUAUGCAUUGGCUGGAAUCCCACUUGGAUUGAUCAUGUUCCAAAGUAUUGGUGAACGUAUGAAUACAUUCGCCGCUAAACUACUCCGAUUCAUCCGACGUGCCGCCGGGAAACAACCAAUCGUUACAUCAUCAGAUCUUAUCAUAUUUUGUACUGGAUGGGGUGGAUUGUUGAUUUUUGGAGGUGCAUUCAUGUUCUCUUCAUAUGAAAACUGGACAUAUUUCGAUGCGGUCUACUACUGUUUCGUUACUCUAACCACGAUUGGUUUCGGUGACUACGUGGCACUUCAAAAACGUGGCUCCCUACAGACUCAACCUGAAUACGUGUUCUUCUCCCUUGUCUUCAUUCUCUUCGGCCUUACUGUCAUCUCUGCAGCAAUGAAUCUGCUCGUACUCAGAUUCCUCACGAUGAACACGGAAGAUGAGAGGAGAGAUGAACAAGAAGCAAUCCUAGCCGCUCAGGGAUUGGUACGAGUUGGUGAUCCAUCGUGUGACGAUGACUUUGGAAGACUCCCGUUGUCGGAUAACGUUUCGCUCGCAUCCUGUUCCUGUUACCAACUUCCGGACGAGAAACUCCGUCACAGGCAUCGAAAAAACAACACGGAGCAUGCUCAUGGUGGGCCUCCGACGUUCGCAGGAAUGUCUACGGCUAGGCCGAAGUUUUAA